UUUACACUCAUUCUCUUUCAAAUCGUCGACGCGAACGGACGUUUAAUAAAAACCGGUAAAAUCGAAGCAUAACAAGCGCGUGCGUGCGUGCUUAGCAAAAAAAACGUUAACCGUUUCAGUUAACUACCAAGAUCGAAUUUCGCCAGUGGGCAAAUUACUAAAAAUAAGUGUGUUUUGCUGGGCUUUUAUCGCGGACAAGAACUGAUAAAACAAGAAAAUAUCUCGCAAAACUCGUUCUCGCAAGUCUCUUGUGCAAAUUGCCGAUCGCGGAAGGGAAAAACAACCAGCAACAGCAGCCCCAAGAAAAUCUGUCCCGUCUAGACAAGGAACAUAUUAUCUCUCAAAAAGGGCAUAGUCAGCAGCCGCAAAGAAAUAUAUCUUAUAUGUAGAUGUCGCAGCUUAUCUAAAGCUGUCUGUAAAAGUGUUUUGCAGUAUAGUGUGAUUGUGAAUGUGAUUGUGAUUGUAUAGUGUACAUAACGACAAAGCUCAAGUGGGAGCAGCUGUCGAGUGCCCUUGAGUGGGGGUGGGCAAGAUCGUCAUUAUCAUCAGCAUCGCAUCUGGAGGCCCCAGCCGAUUCGAUCUAAAAUCCACAGUGCCACAGUGCUCAUCAAUUAUGACUGCCGAGACUCUCAAGCCGUUUAUAACGCCAACGAGUGCCAACGAAGGUUUUCCGGCCAAAGUGACCAGUGCGGCGUCCGCCAAGCGCCGCACCCGCCAGCUGAUCCCCUACGUCUUGGGGGUCAUCGGACUGGGACUGGUCAUCGCCAUUAUGACUCUUACGAUCUGGCAGACAUCGCGGAUCACGCAUCUGGACAAGGAGUUAAAGAGUCUGAAGCGAGUCGUCGAUCAUCUCCAGCAGCGAUUGGGCAUUAACUAUCUGGAUGAGUUUGACGAGUUCCAAAAGGAGUACGAGAAUGCGCUCAUCGACUUUCCCAAAAAGGUGGAUGGCCUCACGGAUGACGAGGACGAGGACGAGGACGAUGUCGACGGUCUGGAUCCUACUGGGGACGAGGAGGAGGACGAUGACAACUAUAGCUCCCUGGAUGAUGGUGACACGGACUACGAUGACUACACCGAUAUGAUAAACAAGCUGCAAAAUCUGCACACUGAGCAGACCACGCCCACAUCUGAGACCACCGCCGAGGGCGAGGGCGAAACGGAUAGCGCCUCCUCCGCCUCGAAUGACGAUAAUGUGUUUGACGACUUUACCAGCUAUAAUGCCCACAAAAAGAAGCUGGAGAGAAAAUCUCGUUCGAUUGCCGAUAUUGGCAAUGAGCAGCAGAAUAUAGGGGGAAAUCACACGGAGCUAGAGGAAAAGCCAUCCAAUGAGGCAGUUUUAAAGGAGAGCUCCGCUAAACUUCACCACCGACGCAGGAUGCAUUCCCGGCGCCGUCACUUAGUUCGCAAAGGUGAAUCUCUUAUUUCAGCCAGAUCCGAUGACUCGAGGCCAGCCGCCCAUUUCCACCUGAGCAGCAGGAAGCGUCACCUAGGGAAUAUGGGCUAUCAUGGGGAUAUGUACAUUGGCAAUGAUCACGUGAAAAACUCAUAUGAAGGACACUUUCAAGCGCACGAUGGCGUGUUGACGGUGCUCACUCCGGGCCUAUAUUACGUAUACGCCCAGAUAUGCUACAAUAAUUCGCACGACCAGAACGGGUUCAUCGUCUUCCAAGGAGACACGCCCUUCCUGCAGUGCUUGAACACGGUGCCCACCAACAUGCCCCACAAAGUGCACACCUGCCACACCAGCGGACUCAUCCACUUGGAGCGCAAUGAGAGGAUCCACCUGAAGGACAUUCACAACGAUCGCAAUGUCGUCCUGCGGGAGGCGAACAAUCGAAGCUACUUUGGCAUCUUCAAGGUGUGAGCAUGAGAGAUUAUUCCUGCACGGAAAGCCAGUCUUAGCUUUAGUAGUCCCUGCGACUGCUCGUGAAUGCGAUUCACCGCCAGCGUGGAUCCAUUAGUUCGUAGCCCGUAGUCUUAGUCACUCAUAACCUAAUCUCAAAACGAAUCACGCAAUCGCACAAAAAUCAUAUUUAUUUUGUAUAUACUCCUUCAGCUUAAACUAUACGACGAAAAAGUGAAUAAAAAUCUAGUAUAACUUUA